AUAGUUGUCACUAUUUAUUCACAAGAUUGCAAACAUUCGUUCAUGGAUACCCACUUUCUCUUCUCAACCUCAUAGAGUCAAACCCUUAUUCAUUCAUUCAUUCUCUCUUUCACAUCAAAAUCUCAACUUUCACAAACCCAUUUCAUUUUUUCACAUAUUUUCCUUCAAAUAAAACCAAACACAAACACUUUACAUGUGUCAGAAUGAGUUUCACAUACUAAUCAUCUUCAGGAAAACAAAAAGAAGUUCCAGAAUCACAUCACAUGCAUUGAAAUGAAACCUUAGUUCAUACUCUACAAAAGCUUCAUUAUUAUAUAUAACAAAAGCUUCAUUUUGUGUUUUUACUUUAUAGCAUUAUUAUUGGGAUUGUGAUCUUCACCAUGGCAACCACAUUUAAAGGGAUUUGCAAGAGUUUGAAAUACAUUACUCAGAUGUUUGUUGUGAAGGAGCGGGAGAUGGAAAUUGGGUACCCGACGGAUGUUAAGCAUGUGGCUCAUUUUGGAUCAGGGAAUGGUCCCAGCUGGAUGGAUGAUUUUAAGAAAGUUCCUGAUUUUUCAACAUCAAUUGGUUGCUUUGAUGAAAUUAGGGACUCCGAUCCAAUGGCUGUCGCUUCACUAUGGUCCUCCCUAGAAAAUCAACAAUCAUCAAACAUGUGCAGAGGCAUCUCAUCUGCUGCAGGUGAUGCUCAUAUUGCAGAGAAGCCCAAGCAGAAAAAAGUUAAGUCAACUUUCUCUUCCCUGUCGCCAUCUUCUUCAUCAAGACGAUCAAGAGCAUCAAAAUCAAAGGCUGCGUUCAGCGAGAGAGAGGCAACAGCAAUUGCUAUGGCAUAGCAGAUUCAAGACUAGGAAAUCUGCGACAUAUUUGGCAUCACCAUAUUCAACAAAAUACUUCUUUUCGGGAAAAACAUGGAAGAAAGAUAAUAAAAUAUGGCAGUAAAUUUUUCCUGGCUUGUAGUUAGUAAAUUAUAAUCUAGUCCAGUGGGAGAAAAACCAAAUUAUUUGUUUACAGACAGAGAAUAAUUCCAUGAAAAAAGCUAAAGGUUGUUUUUAGUAGUUUGGCUUUCUCCAAAUCAUAUGCUGACCUUGAAUUUAAAAGCUGUAUUGUCAAUUUUUGAAGAUUUAAAGGAAUGUCAUGGUGGUGUUUAGUAGUUUAAUAUGCAUUCUGCAGCAUGUUUUUUCUUGUUUAUAA